UAGAGUUCCUCCAAGCCGCUGUUGCCUGAAAAUCUAUCAUAUGGCAAACACCCCUUGCCACCAUUGUUCUUGUCAACACUUUAUACUUCUCCUUCUCUAUUCUAUGUUUUCUCGAAAUAUGACUAUGUUCUUUCCACUCACAUCAUAGAAUGACCACUCAUACUAACUUAUAUUCAUUGUUGCAGAAAUGCAACUCUCUCAUUCACAUGAAGCAGCUCCAAGCCUAUCUCAUAACCACUGGCAAAUUCCAAUUCCACCCUUCCCGCACCAAGCUCAUUGAACUCCUCGCCAUCUCUCCUGCGGGCAACCUCUCCUUCGCCGCUAAAAUCUUCCGGCAAAUCCAAAACCCCUCCACAAACGACUACAACGCCAUUCUUCGAGGCCUCGCCCAAAGCUCUGAACCAACUCAGUCCAUUUCAUGGUACCGCAACAUGUUACGCUGCCAUCAAAAGAUCGAUGCUUUGACAUGCUCCUUCACUCUCAAGGGAUGCGCGCGUGCUUUAGCUUUCUCUGAAGCAACCCAGUUGCAUUCUCAGCUUCUGCGUUUUGGGUUUGAUGCUGAUGCAUUAUUACUUACUACUUUGUUGGAUGUGUAUGCGAAAACUGGUUUUCUUGAUGCUGCACAGAAGGUGUUUGAUGGAAUGGUGAAGCGAGAUAUUGCUUCUUGGAAUGCAAUGAUUUCUGGGUUGGCUCAAGGGAGUCGACCCAAUGAAGCUAUAGAUUUGUUUAACAGGAUGAAGGAAGAGGGAUGGAAGCCUAAUGAUGUGACUGUUCUCGGUGCGCUCUCCGCUUGUUCUCUGUUGGGUGCUUUGAAGCAGGGGGAGAUUGUUCAUGGGUAUGUUGUGGAUGAGAAGUUAGACAAGAAUGUGAUUGUUUGUAAUGCUGUUAUUGAUAUGUAUGCUAAAUGUGGGUUUGUUGAUAAAGCUUAUUUGGUCUUUGAUAGUAUGAGUUGUAGGAAAAGUCUUAUCACUUGGAAUACAAUGAUUAUGGCUUUUGCAAUGAAUGGCGAUGGAUACAAGGCACUCGAUCUUUUGGAUAGAAUGGCUUCAGAUGGAACAUGUCCGGAUGCAGUCUCGUAUCUUGCUGCAUUAUGUGCAUGCAACCAUGCUGGAUUGGUGGAUGAAGGGGUUAGACUGUUUGAUUCGAUGAAGGUGUCUGGAGUGAAACUUAAUGUUAAGCAUUAUGGGAGCGUGGUUGAUUUGUUGGGUCGAGCGGGGAGGCUCAAAGAAGCAUAUGAUAUUAUAAAUUCCAUGCCCGUGUUGCCUGAUGUGGUUCUUUGGCAGACUUUGCUUGGGGCUAGCAAGACUUACGGGAAUGUGGAUAUGGCAGAGAUGGCAUCUAAGAAGCUGGUGGAGAUGGGAUCUAACAGUUGUGGAGAUUUUGUCUUGCUGUCGAAUGUUUAUGCAGCACAGCAGAGGUGGAAGGAUGUUGGGAGGGUGAGGGAGGCUAUGGUAAUUAAUGACGUUAGGAAGGUACCAGGAUUUAGCUACACAGAAAUAGAUGGUAGGAUACACAAGUUUAUAAAUCGCGAUCAGAGUCAUCCGAAUUCCAAAGAGAUAUAUGCAAAGCUGGAUGAGAUCAAGUUUAGGAUCAAAGGUUAUGGAUAUAUAGCUGAAACUAACCUUGUGUUACAUGAUAUAGGCGACGAGGACAAGGAGAAUGCAUUAAAUUAUCAUAGUGAAAAGUUGGCUGUUGCUUAUGGUUUAAUUAGUACAGUUGAUGGAACACCAAUUCAGGUUAUAAAGAACCUUAGAAUAUGUGUGGAUUGUCAUGCUUUCAUAAAAAUUAUAUCAAAUAUUUUUAAUAGGGAGAUUAUUGUGAGGGAUCGAGCACGAUUUCACAGAUUUAAGGAUGGUGUAUGCUCUUGUAGAGAUUAUUGGUAAAAUUAAAUUUAGAUGCAUGUUGUAUAUAUUUUUAUUUUCUUAAAGAAGUUUGAAUACUCAAUUUCUCACAGGAUUGACAACAAUACUCAGGUAAUUCAUUAGCUUACUUGUGUAUGUUUUUAUAAAACUUUAUAGCAUCUGAUGCUUUAUCCUUCAAAAUAUUUCUGCUUCUCUGGUACUAUAUCCUUUUACAGGAUAUGAAGAUUUCAUAGGUCCCAGCUUUUCAUUCCGCCUGAAGAAAGCAUUGUUAAUGUUAAACUUCUUCCCCACAUUUUCAUACAUGACACAACUUAUCUGAUAUUUCUAAGCUUUUUUUUCCAGUGUUGUUAAAUAUAGGUAUAGCACCAAUAUGCUUUUUGGUAAAAUAAUAUUGUCAAAUAGUGAUCAGUAUAUCACUUUUGUAUAGCAAAAUUUGAACGAACUACUCUUUUUUGUGAUCAUACUAUUGACAAACUUGCUUUAUUUCCCCCUUUACAGACUACUAAGAGAAAUUGUGAUUCUUGAGUGUAACCUGCCUGCUGCAGUUGAGUGAUCACAACAAUAAUCAAGAGUGAAACCAAAGUUAUGAAGCUCCUUGUGCUUGUCAUAAUGCUUAUUGUGAUCUUGCCUGUUGUUACUGAGGUUCCAGGUAAACCUAGGAAAGAAGUUAUAGAAGAGUUGUGGAAACCACCUAUAAUUGGAUGGAUCAAAGUCAAUACUGAUGGCUCAGCAAUAGGUUUUCUUUCCAUUGCUGCUACUAGUGCUAUUUUUAGAGAUCAUAGAGCUUUUUUGUUGGUUUGUUGCUUCCAAUAUUGAUCAAGAAUGUGCUCUUCAGUGCUGCAACGAUAUCAAUUGAAAUUGCCAAGGUUAGUGUAACUUGUGGAUUGAAAGUGACUUCAUGAAUGUUAUUAGAUUUCAUGACCUUUGAAAAUAUUGACAUUGUCCCUUGGAAAUAUUGACAUUGCCUCAUAAUUUCUCAAUCUAUGAGAUUUAUCUACACCCACAUAUUUAGAGAAGAAUAUUAUUGUGUUGAUUUCUUUUCUCGUCAUGGUCAUGUUCCUCUUGGUGGACACAUUCACUUGAUUUUAUUAGGACAGUUUUCAUUAGAGAUAUGUCUCUGAAUGCUAUUAAUUUAUCUUAAAAAAAAAAAGUAAAUUUGUUUAGAAAAAGUUCCAACCAAAUUUAGUAAUUAUUUUAGUUAACUUUAAAAUUCUUAUUGUAUAAUGGUAUAUAUAAUGAUAUAGAUUAUUAAAAAAAAAUCAAAUGAAUAUGAACUGAUGCAUGCCAUAUAAAUCAAAUUCUCUUAUAUUGUUUGAUGACAAAAAGCUCCAACGAAAUUAAUUGAAAUUGCUAAGGAGAGAUGAGGGUGUAACAUGUGGAUUGAAGUGAUUCUAUUUAUGUUUUCAUGGCCUUCGGAGAUAUGUUUUUAUAGCAUUCAGAAAUAUUGACAUUGUACCCGGAAGAU